GGAAGAGGAGGGACAAAGGCGGAUGAAGGCCAGCAGAAGGGAGCCCGCGGUGGAGCCCUCCCUGAAUCCGCAGCCCCCACGUGUGGGAUCAUCGCCCCCCAUCCCGCAGCCCCUGGGAGGCUGCGAGGAAGAGGAAGAUCCUCUCCUUGUCCUUCCUCCCGCAGAGCAGGAGCUGAGGAUGGAGAGCAGGGAGGACAAAUCCCCGCGGCAGAACCUGGUGGAAGAGGCCGUUUUGAGCGGCUCCACAGCGCAGGAACCCAACGGGGAGGAAAAGCCCCGCACAAGGAGGGGCUGCAAACGCAGAUCGCGGGGAUCUGAGGAGGAAAGACCUGCCCUGGGCCGGGGAGGCGGCCGGAAAUCGAGCCAGAGCUCGGAGCUGGUGGUCCAUGAGCAGCUCCAGGAUGGGGAGAAGCCCCACAAGUGCUCAGAAUGUGAGAAGAGCUUCAGCUGGAGCUCCGAGCUGAUCAGGCACCAGAGGACCCACACCGGGGAGAGGCCCUACGAGUGUGGGGAGUGUGGGAAGAGCUUCAUGCAGAGAUAUACCCUGAUCGAGCACCACAGGACCCACACCGGGGAGAGGCCCUAUGAGUGUGGGGAGUGUGGGAAGAGCUUCAGCCAGAGCUCCCACCUGAUCAGGCACCAGAGGACCCACACUGGGGAGAGGCCCUACGAGUGUUCCAAGUGUGGGAAGAGGUUUCAGACCAGCUCCCGUCUCCUCACGCACUAUCGGAGUCACACAGAGGAGAGGCCCUUCUGCUGCCCCGACUGCGGGAAGGGAUUCAGGCAGAAGUCCCACCUCAUCACCCACCGGCGCAUCCACACCGGGGAGAGGCCCUACGAGUGUCCCCAGUGUGGGAAAAGCUUCAAUUGCCACUCCACCCUGAUCACCCACAAGAGGAUCCACACUGGGGAGAGGCCCCACGAGUGUGCGGAGUGUGGGAAGAGCUUCACCGAGAGAUGCCAACUGAUCAUGCACCAGAGGACCCACACUGGGGAGAGGCCCUAUGAGUGUGGGGAGUGUGGGAAGAGCUUCAGUCGGACCUCCAACCUGAUCCAGCACCAGGUGACCCACACUGGGGAGAGGCCCUACGAGUGUUCCAAGUGUGGGAAGAGCUUCAGCCACAGAUCCGGCCUGGUCAGGCACCAGAGGACCCACACUGGGGAGAGGCCCUACGAGUGUUCCGAGUGUGGGAAGAGGUUUCAGACCAACUCCAAUCUCCUCAAACACUUUCUGGUUCACACGGAGGAGAGGCCCUUCUGCUGCCCCGACUGCGGGAAGGGAUUCAGGCACAACUCCAACCUCAUCACGCACCGGCGCAUCCACACCGGGGAGAGGCCCUACGAGUGUGGGGAGUGUGGGAUGAAAUGUGAGAAGAGCUUCAAGUACCGCUCCCAGCUGAUCAGACACCAGAGGACCCACACUGGGGAGCGGCCCUACGAGUGUGGGGAGUGUGGGAAGAGCUUCAGGAGGAGCUCCCACCUGAUCAGGCACCAGAGGACCCACACUAAGGAGAGGUCCUACGAGUGUGGGAAGUGUGGGAAGAGCUUCAGUUGCCACUCCACCCUGAUCAGCCACAAGAAGACCCACAGAAAUGAACGGCCCUACGAGUGUGGGGAGUGUGCGAAGAGAUUCAGAUGGAGCUCCGAACUGAUCAUGCACCAGAGGACCCACACUGGGGAGAGGCCCUACGAGUGUUCCAGGUGUGGGAAGAGGUUUCACAGCAGCUCCCAUCUCCUCACGCACUAUCGGGUUCACACAGAGGAGAGACCCUUCUGCUGCCCCGACUGUGGGAAGGGAUUCAGGAGGAACACCCACCUCAUCAGCCACCGGCGCAUCCACACCAGGGAGAGGCCCCACGAGUGUCCCCAGUGUGGGAAGAGCUUCAAUUGCCACUCCACCCUGAUCAACCACAAGAGGACCCACACUGGGGAGAGGCCCCACGAGUGUGGGGAGUGUGGGAAGAGCUUCAGAUGGAGCUCCCAACUGAUCAUGCACCAGAGGUCCCACACUGGGGAGAGGCCCUACGAGUGUGGGGAGUGUGGGAAGAGGUUUCACAUCAGCUCCCAUCUCCUCACGCACUAUCGGGUUCACACAGAGGAGAGGCCCUUCUGCUGCCCCGACUGCGGGAAGGGAUUCAGGCACAACUCUACCCUCAUCAGGCACCGGCGCAUCCACACCCGGGAGAGGCCCUAUGAGUGUUCCAAGUGUGGGGAAAGCUUCUCACAGAGCUCUAAAUUGACCCAACACCAGCAGCUCCAGGAUGGGGAGAAGCCCCACAAGUGCUCAGAGUGUGAGAAGAGCUUCAGCUGGAGCUCCGAGCUGAUCAGGCACCAGAGGAUCCACACCGGGGAGAGGCCCUACGAGUGUGGGGAGUGUGGGAAGAGCUUCAGAUGGAACUGCGACCUGAUCAAUCACCAGAGGACCCACACUGGGGAGAGGCCCUACGAGUGUGGGGAGUGUGGGAAGAGCUUCAGCGAGAGAUCCAGCCUGAUCCAGCACCACAGGACCCACACCGGGGAGAGGCCCUACGACUGUGGGGAGUGCGGCAAGAGCUUCAGGAGGAGCUCCCACCUGAUCAGGCACCAGAGGGUCCACACUGGGGAGAAGCCCUACGAGUGUGGGGAGUGUGGGAAGAGCUUCAGGCACCGCGGCAACCUCGUCAAGCACCAGGUGAUCCACACUCGGGAGACACCCUACGAGUGUUCUGAGUGCGAGAAACGGUUUAAGACCAGCUCCCGUCUCCUCAAGCACUAUCAGAGUCACACGGAGGAGAGGCCCUUCUGCUGCCCCGACUGCGGGAAGGGAUUCAGGAACAAGGCAAAUCUCCUCAGUCACCAGAGGACCCACACUGGGGAACGGCCCUACGAGUGUGGGGAGUGUGGGAAGAGCUUCAGAUGUAGCUCCCACCUGAUUGUGCACCAGAGGACCCACACUGGGGUGAGGCCCUACGAGUGUUCCAAGUGUGGGAAGAGGUUUCAGACCAGCUCCCAUCUCCUCACGCACUUUCUGGUUCAUACGGAGGAGAGGCCCUUCUGCUGCCCCGACUGCGGGAAGGGAUUCAGGCAGAACUCGGCCCUCAUCACGCACCGGCGCAUCCACACCGGGGAGAGGCCGUACAAGUGUCCCAAGUGUGGGAAGAGCUUCUCACAGAGCUCUAACUUGACCCAACACCAACGGAGCCACCGAUAAGGGAAGCCCUGCGAGUGCCCCGAGUGUGAGAAGAGCUAAACUCCAUCCCCCACUGGAGGACCCCCUUUGGGCACAGCCCUGGUGACCCACAUUGCCCGUGAUCCACGUUGGGAACACACUUGGCUGCUUCUCAUUUUGUGUUGACCUUAAUUUUCCUCUCUUCUCCAUCUCUCUGCACUCCAAAACCAAGAGGGAUUGAUCUUUCACAAUAAAACCACUCACAUCCCACUGACAACAACUGAAUUUUGACCCAUAAAAGCACAAUCCCACCUCACAUUGCUUGUUCCCACCUCAAACAAACUCAAUCCCACGCCAAACUCAGUCAAUUCCAGAGCCUCCAGAGUGAGAUGGGGUUGGGAGGAGAUUGGGAGAAGUGGGAUCCCAGUUUGGAGCGGUGGCAUGGGGACUGUGUGGGGCUGCGUGGCUGGGAUGUAUUUGAUAGCAAAUAAAACUUUCAGAGUUACUGA